AUGACCAGGACGCGUGCCUUGUUGGGAGCGAAGUGCGUGUUGCUGGAUGCGCUGGGAUGGACGGAAACUGUGGCCGCCGCUGUGCCCCCGGCGCCAACAAGAGCCGUGCGACAUGGCACCCCGCCGACGGACAAGCCCGACGCGCGCGUGGCGGGGCCAGCGAGCAUGUGCCAGGGUGUUCAGGUCGGAACAUUGGGAGCCUGUUUGCACGGCGGCGUCCGAGACAGCGUCUGGAAGAUGGACGGAUGCAUCGAGAGGCCAUCGCCGAGCGUCGAAGAGGAUGGCCAAGAGGGCGACCAACAGGACAGCCAAAAGGACAGCCACGCGGCCCAGACCAUGUGCGAUACGGAGCACAGGAGGGAUGGAUUGCACGAGAUAUCGACGAUACAGUGCUGUUGCAGUGGCCAGAAGACUGGCCGUCGCACUCGCUCGCACAAGAUCGUCGCACCGAUCGACACAUGGUUGGGAGUUCCCAUUCCCACAGAGAACUGCAGAAAGACCAAGACACAAUAG